UACAUGGUGGGGGGGGGGGGCAGAAAAGGCACGCUUUGGUUGCUGAGAGAAGAUGGAGGAUCUCUCUCUCUCUCUCUCUCUCUCCGCAGCAGCUUGUUUUUCUGUCCAGGUUCUGGUUGCAUGUACUUUUCUGAUGCAGUAGUCACGAGGAGAUGAAUUCUUGGGGGCCAGAGAAAAGCCACAGUGGAUGUGGGUGUAAACCCAGCAGGCUACAUCAAACUGUGCCCUCCUCACGUGAAGCAAAGACACCACGCCAGAAGAAUGAGGGUUCAUAAAAUUAACCAGUUCAAUUUAUUCAAGAGAUAUUACAGAGGCCAGCAAUGGUGUGCUCGUGUCAGCUAAGUGAGUUUUAUUUUAAAUUUGCUGUGAGAGUGUGGCUGUUUCAGCACAAAGACUUCUGGGGGCUGCUGCUGAUUGUCACCUCCCUUUUAAAAGCCUUUCCAGAUAUACUGUUGUUCCCUCUCUGAGCCUGUCCUUAUAAAUAUAUUAAAAAAAAGACCUCUUUGUUUUCACACAACUCUCCAGAGGGGUUCAAAGCCACAACCACCAAGAUCUGUUUUUCCCCCCUCCAGAACAGCAAGCUGAAAUGAGAAUAAAAUAUUUAUUAAAAGUGGUAAGUCUGAAACAUUUGCGUGUUUACAAAGUAGCAGCGUUAAUGAUCGGUUCCUGAAGCAUUCAGGCCUGUCGGACAGGAUUUUGUUUCCCCUUCCUUUCUGGAGUUACAUUAUUUAACCUUUGCUGCUGCAGAUACUCCAGGCAAGUCUCUUAUUGUAAAGGAGAAACCUUUCAUUGCUUGUGGGUGGAGGGGGGGAGCGAAGAGAAGGGAAAGCUGUAUUGUAAUCAAAAUGUCUCUUUCUGAACGAUUCCAGGUCUGUGCUCGGAGACUCAAACCGCAGGGCACAGGGUACGCUGGUGUAACGGUUAAAUUAUUUUCUUGAUUCCUGAAAAAGAUUUUCUGCACUGGUCUCGCCCUUUAUCCAGGAUUUUGUCCUUGAAAAUGAGAAGUGUCAGCUUUGCACACCAUUAAGCUGACGAUCAUGGGAGAUAUGAAAACCCCGGACUUCGAUGACCUGCUUGCUGCUUUUGACAUUCCAGAUAUGCAGGUGGAUCCCAAAGCAGCAAUUGAGUCUGCACAUGAUGACAAUGAAGGGCAGCUAAAAGCAAACAUCCCCGCCGACGAGGACGCUCAGGUGCCUUCAGCACCAGAUGGGGUAGUAAGUGUGAUUGUAAAAAACAUCCGGACUCUCGAUUCAUCCGAAACAGCAACUACAGCAACUGAGAACCCAACUCUGGAGAAGGAAAACAAUCACGCCUCUGGCAAUGGCUUACACAAUGGCUUUCUCAGUGUGUCAACUCUAGAUAGGUUCUCCAAGGAUUCAGACAACAAGCCCACAAGGUGUGAAGGAUCCGCGGGUCCCGAACCCAAACUGGACCUGUCACGGACCGAGAACAUUGACGGCCCCGAGACUGGGCUCAAAGACUCUGCGUUUAACCAGUUCAGCCCCAUCUCCAGCGCGGAAGAGUUUGAGGACGACGAUAAAAUUGAAGUCGAUGACCCUCCAGACGCCAAAGAGGAGAGCCAGCCAGUUUUCCGAGGAAAUGUGCUCCCGGGUCCAGCUCCCGAGAGGGAAUGUGAAAAACCAAGGAAACUGGGAGGGGAGAAUGCAGCCGCCAAGUUGGAAGUGACUAUCCCAGACGCUGAAGAUAAGGGUAAGGUAUUGAAAAGCAGCAGAGAGAGUGAAAGCCCCCAUGUUAAUUCAGGAAGUCUCGAGACAUUUAAAGGCCGAAAUGCGGAUGAGAGAUUGGGUGACGAGGACAGUGAAAAGAGCUUUAAAAAUUCUCCCGAAAAGGAGCUUGAAAAUAGAACCCUCGAUGGCAAAAGUGGUGAGAAAACCGGAGUGCAGGCCACGAGUUCUUCAAAUCUGAGGGCAAAGUCCUCCUCUAAGCUUUCCUCGUGCAUUGCAGCCAUCGCUGCUCUGAAUGCUAAAAAGGCGGCAGCAGAUACCAGUAAAGAACCUCAGUCUGUCUCUAGGGGGUCUUCUCCAGUUUUAAAAGAAUCUAGAGAAAGCCCUAGAGCCGCUGAAAAAUCCCCCGGGGCCCCUCCGAGCCCCUUGGAGGUGGUGAAGAAAGUGGCCAACAAACAACCCGAUAGCCCCCGGAGCGUGUCGAGUGAAAGUAGUAUGAAAGGUUCCCCUUGCUCCCCGGCAAGCUCACCCCCUGCCAUCCCCAAAGUCCGCAUCAAGACCAUCAAAACAUCGUCUGGUGAAAUUACCAGAACAGUAACGAGAAUUAUGCCCGACGUGGAGCAAGAGCUUGGUAGAAGAGGAGCUGAACAGCCAAACUCCAUGGUUGUCUCAUCACUUUUGUCGUCUUCUCCCGGCGAGUCUGCCUUGUCUUUGUCUCCUACAACACUGAUGCAAUCGCCGCUCAUUACCGCUUCUAGUACAGUAAUGUCUCCUGAGGUUACCACAAAACAGGUUACGAUUAAACCUGUUGCCACUGCUUUCCUUCCAGUGUCUGCUGUGAAGACGGCAGGAUCGCAGGUCAUCAAUCUGAAGUUUGCAAACAACACUACAGUUAAAGCUACGGUGAUCUCUGCCGCCUCUGUUCAGAGCGCCAGCAGUGCCAUCCUGAAGGCUGCCAAUGCUAUGCAGCAGCAAACAGUGGUGGUGCCGGCCUCCAGCUUAGCAAAUGCCAAACUUGUACCAAAGACUGUACACCUCGCUAACCUUAACCUUCUGCCUCAGGCAGCAAGUUCUGAACUCCGCCAGGUGCUUUCUAAAACCCAACAGCCCAUAAAACAAGCGAUAAUCGCUGCUUCUUCGAUUCAGCCGCCCAAAAAGGUGUCGAGAGUUCAAGUGGUGGCCAAUUCUCAGAAUACAGUAGUUGAGACGUUCAACAAGGUGCUGAGUAGCGUCAACCCGGUUCCCAUCUACACACCCAACCUUAACCCUCCAACCAAUGCUAAUAUCACCAUACCACUCCGUGGCUACAAAUGCUUGGAAUGCGGAGAUUCGUUUGCCCUCGAGAAGAGCCUCGCCCAGCAUUAUGACCGGAGGAGCGUGCGGAUUGAAGUGACGUGCAACCACUGCGCAAAAAACUUGGUCUUUUUCAACAAGUGCAGCCUCCUUUCGCACGCGCGCGGGCACAAAGACAAGGGGGUGGUCAUGCAGUGCUCCCACCUGAUUAUGAAGCCCAUCCCUGCAGACCAGAUGAUCGCCCCGCUAACUGCCAUUUCCUCCGCCACCACAUCUGCGCAUGUCUCCAUCUCUGCCAUUACCACCACGAGUGCUGUUGUUAAAGCCGUGACCAACAUUCCCAAUGCAGUGAUCUCCGCACCUGCCAAUGCUCUCGUUUUGCCAGCAAUGCCCCUUGAUGAGGACCGCUCAAAGCUUUCUAGACACGGCAUGAAGUGCUUGGAGUGCAACGAGGUGUGCCUGGACGAGAUGUUACUUGCAACGCAUUUCCAACAUGCCUCAGAGGCAGGAGGGCAGACAUGCCAGAUCUGUCAGAUGCUGCUUCCCAACAAGUGCAGCUUCACAUCACACGUACGAAUACAUCAGCACAAAUCUCCGUACACAUGCCCAGAAUGUGGAGCCAUCUGCAGGUCCUCGCACUUUCAGACUCACAUUACCAGAAACUGCCUACACUACACACGCAAAGUGGGAUACCGUUGUAUACAUUGUGGUGUUAUCUACGCUGACCUGGCUGCCCUCAAAUCUCACAUCCAGGGGGCACACUGUGAAAUCUUCUACAAAUGUCCGAUCUGCCCCAUGGCUUUCAAAUCAGCACCGAGUACUCAUUCACACGCCUACACCCAGCACCCAGGCAUCAAGAUAGGAGAAGCUAAAAUAAUCUAUAAAUGCUCUAUGUGUGACACUGUAUUUACGCAGCAAACUCUGCUGUACAGCCACUUUGAUCAGCACGUUGCUAAACAGAAGGUGUCUGUCUUCAAGUGCCCGGACUGUGCAUUACUGUAUGCACAGAAACAGCUCAUGGUAGAACACAUUAAGUCUAUGCAUGGUACACUCAAGAGCAUUGAAGGACCUCCUAACUUAAAGCCUUUGGUCGUGAAGGCUGUAGCCACAACAAUGGGACAGAAUAAAGCAGAUGGAAACGGCAUCAAUGGGACUGACUGGCUGGGAAAGAAAACCGCGGUAGUGGUGAGGAAAACUGGGAGCCGAUCCAAAGCGAACAACCCUGGCUGGAUGUGCAGGGAUUGUGAGGAAUGGUUCCCUGAGCGAGAGGACUAUAUUUCUCACAUGAAGAAGGACCAUGGAAAGCAAAUGAAGAAGCACCCAUGCCGUCAGUGUGAAAAAUCCUUCAGCUCUUCGCACAGUCUGUGCAGGCACAAUCGCAUCAAACAUAAAGGCAUCCGGAAGGUCUAUACAUGCUGGAAUUGCCCAGAUUCGAAACGCACAUUCACCAAAAGGUUUAUGCUGGAGAAACAUAUACGUCUCAUGCACGGCAUUAAAAACCCUGACCUGUCCCAGAUGACAGAGGCAACAACCAUAGUGGAGUCCCCUAAGGAAGAGAAUGUGAUGUCAUCGCCGCCAAAGAGGAAGCUGGAGGACACUGUGAUGGAGAUCAGGAGUCCUGCCCGAGGAGCCAUCACGCAACCGUUAAAGAAGCUGAAAAUCAAUGUCAUCAAGCUGAACAAGUGCGCCGUGUGUGGCUUUACCACAGAGAACGUGACUCAGUUCCAAGACCACCUCCCGCAGCACAAAACUGACGGCUCCACGUGCCAGUGCAGGGAGUGCGGGCUGUGCUACACCUCGCUGCAGUCUCUCACCCGGCACCUGUUCAUCGUGCACAAGAUGAAGAAUGCCCAGCAGGUGGCCCGGCAGAACGGGGCCAGGGAGGACAGCGCGGCCGACAGCAAAGCCACCUCGGAAGACAGCCAGGAGGAGGGCAUGCUGACGGACAAAAAGUGUAAAGUCUGUUCCAAGACAUUUGAAAGCGAAGCUGCCUUGAACACACACAUGCGGACACAUGGAAUGGCCUUCAUAAAGUCCAAGCGUUUGUGCGCGACGGAGAAAUGAGGAGCGUUCUCGCCACUCGGACGCCCGCAUUUUUCUAAUAGGUGGGUUGGGGGUGGAGGGGGGGUCAGGGGAAGGGGGAGAAUACGCUCCCGCCACUCCCCGCCCGCCCAGAAAGGGCCACUCCCUGCAGGGGUGAACACUCGGCCUGGUGUCGCUGUCACACGUUCCAUAAGGACCCUCUCGGAACCAUCUGGAAAUGCUGAUCCUGGGCAGCCGCGUAGCUAACCCCGUGGCGGUCUCAUGUCUAAAUCCACAGUCGGUUGAUUUGGGGAAAAAAAGGAAGAAACUCGACACUUUUUAAGAAGUAUACAUUUUUGUACUGUUGCAAUACAUCCUUUUACUCACUCUGUACUUUUUAUGCCACCAAACAAGUUCUCUCUUGUGGUUCCCACAAAGCUUGUGCAAUUUGGUCACCAUUCAGUGAAUUUGAUCUCUCGGGCACUAAGGAACUAAUGGCAUUCACUAAAGGCGUUAUUUCAAAGAAAAACUCACGUACACACAAAACAGAGGAGAGGGGAGUCAAGUCUCACAUAAACAGUAUUUUGCUCGUGUCUAGUUCGGUUGAAACUCUUUUGGCCAAAUCUUCAGUGUUUUUUUUAAAUGAAUUGAAAAUGUGUUUCUAAUGGACCAAAUUAAGCAGGGCUGUAUCACAUUGUCAUGUUAUUUUGAAAACCCUGGUUUAGUCGCUCAAAAAGGUAUAAUAUGCAGAAGGGAAACAGAAAAAAAUCAGGAAAAUAACCCUCACAUGAGCUUGUGUUUCCAUAUAUAAUGUGAGCACAUUACAGCCCAGGUACUGUGAAUGUUCUAUUUGUGAGCAGGUUUAUUAUCAAUUACUUUUUUUCCGCAUCUUGGAUCAGUUGGUCAGUGUUAUUUUCCUAAUAAGUAUUUACAAGAGAGAGAUUACUUGAGCGCGUGUGUGUGUGUGUGUGCAAGAGCAAGCGAUUGUCAUUUUUGUUUGGUUUCGAAGUAUGAGUGAGUGAGCGAGCGAGCACUUAGCGAUGAGUUGUUUAAAGGCAAGCUCCUAUUUAAAUAGCAAUGUUACUGUUGUGUGAACAGGACGAUUGAAAUCUUACAGACUGACUUUGCAGACAGAGAGCACUGGUCCUUUCGAUUUGGGUCCUUGAUCAUUUUAGAAAUCUAGCUGCUCUUUUAUCCAGUGGUUGGAACCUCCCCUCCACCCCUCUUGCAAUAACACAUAUGAGACUUUGUCUUGCCACAUGUUCUUGAUACACUUAUCACUGUUUUGAUGAAGUGCCCCCUUCUCUCCUCUCCUUGCCUCUGUUCCUUGCCCUUAGUUUUUCUUCCAGUUUAUUCACCUGACGUCAUCGAUUGGUUGGUCUGUGCUUAGAGUUACUGGUGCAUUAUCUAAUGUCCAGGAGAAUCCUUUAGACCCAGAAAUUCUAAUGGUCUUAGGCUUAAGACAAAUGUACAACAUUUUAGGAAAGUUUUAAAGAUGGGAAUUUCACCUUAAGGCUGAAUUUCUGAUUUUCAAAUGCUGCGCAAUUUUAAGUGUUUAGGACAGAACGUCAAUCCACUUUGUAAAAGUUUGCAGUGCUUAUUCCCUACCACUAGGAGGGCUCACUUAGCACUAUUGUGGCACCCAGUGGUGUUGCUUAGCAAAUGCAGGUAAAAGUGAUAAUAAUAAUAAUCCUUGCAUUUGAUAUAGCGCCUUAUC